AUGAAGCGAACCACUCGUUCGAGCAGUCGCUCUUCUUCUUCCUCCCAGCACAAUGUCGAAAGAGAUGAGAAUUCGGACCUCCAUCAGCCUUUGACAAGACAGCAACUGAAAAAGCUGCCACCAAAAGCACCCACCACCGACCACAAGACUUCCAUGCUCUUACUCAAAACUCCAAACAAAACUUUUAAAGAUGAAGUCAAACGAAAGAAACUUGCCAUGAAAGAGAAGAAUGUCAUGUCUGGCAAGUUCGGAAGUGUUGUCAUCUUGUCCAAAGAUCAAGAAACAGCCAAUGAUUCAUCUAAUGGAGAACGAACACCCACACCAAGAACUCCACUCAAGAAUAUUGAUCCCAAUGUUCUCUUCUCUCCUCCUGUUGCCAUGAAUAGUACUGCAACCACAACAACAAAAAACAACACGGAAAAUGCUCCUUUCUUUUCUCCCUAUCUCAAAACACCCAAUAUGGCCGUAAAGAGUCAACAAGUGGUGAGAAAAACAGAAAAUUCCACUCCCAUUCGAGAAUUUAAAAUUCAAAAAGAACUCACCAAGAUGAGAGUUGGUAAAUUGAAUUUGUUUCCAAAUGUGUUUAGCUCAUUUGCGAGUACAACAAGUCCAGAGGAAGAUAUUCACUCAUCCAACGAUGAAGAAGAAGAGUCUUAUCAACCAAAACAAAAGAAGAGAAAGAAUUCAUCAUCUCCACUCUAUCAUUACUUUAACAUUGUGAUGGAGAAGUGUGAUGGUGAACUUGUUGAUCUUAUCCACGAUUCAUGUAAAACCACUUCAGGAGGUAAAAUUCCAGUCUCCAUAGCAAAGGCCAUCUCAUUCCAGUUGCUAUUUGCAUUGUCAAUUGCUGAAGAAAUUGGAUUUCAACACAAUGAUAUACAUGAGAGAAAUGUUUUGUACAAAAAACUUCCUUUAACGACACCUCAAAAGAAAGGUAUUGCUUUUUAUGAUCGAAUUGAUGAUCGUGAUUAUGUAUGGCUGGUAGAUUGUGAUUUUGUUCUCAAAAUUGCAGAUUAUGGAUUGAGUAGAAUAAGAAUUGAUGAUGGAGAGGAGAUUGAAAGUGGAAAUGUCUUUCAUUCAGAAGCCUUUAAUAAUGAUUUGGAGAGAGUCAAGGAAAUUCUUACAAAGAGAAUCAAGCUUGAUACUGAUGCUAAAAGCAAAGACUCAAAACUAUUCUCAGAUCUCAAGAGAAACAUUAAGGUUGGAGUUUCUGCCAAGUCUCUUCUACUUCAUGAAUUCUUUGAAGAUAUUCGGAAGGAUGCGAGUGAAGAUUUGACUCCAUCUUUGGAAUUUGAGAUUGAUGAAUCCUAUCACCAAUAUUUUGGAGCCAAACAUCCAAAACGAAAACAAAAGAUGAACAAAAUCAAAGUGCCACCCUCCAAACCAUUACAGCGGGAAACUCCAAACGAAACUCCUGCUUCACCUUCGAUUGUACUAAAUACCAGCUCCAUCAGUGCUCUGGUAGACAGUGAGGAAGAAAAUGUUCCUGUUAAAUCACGACGAGCCUUCAAACGAAGAGAGAAGGCCACAAAAUAA